CUCGAGCAGCUUUCCGGCCCCGCCGCUGAGCCAGCCCCAGCCCCAGCAACUCAGCGAAACAAACACACCUAGCUUCAGCGUCGAGUUCCUGCCGCAGCUGUCCGACGGCGUGAAGCGGUCGGUGAACGAAGCUCUCAACAAAAGCGCCACGGAGCUGAUCCAGGAGCUCAUCAGCCGCGAGUCCACCCGACCACCGCCUUCGCCCGUGGUCGACCAAAAUGUCGUCGUCCUGGACGAGCAGGUCCUUGGGGUGGUGCUUGCUCGGAGGCUGAAGAAAUACUCGACCGAUGCCUCUGCCUCGCCCUCGCGAGAGGCUUCCCACGACUCUCUCGAAGUCCCGUCCUCUGGAUUGGCCUCACGCACUUCGUCAUUCAAGCAAAGCGGCAACGAACGACGCAUAUCCAUGUUUCAGAAGCGCAGGUCCUAUACCGGCCCCGAUUCCACCCCUCCCACAUACGAGGCUGGCUCUCAGGACCACAUGGCUUCGCAGGCGCCCACGAUCCACAAGUCUAUAUCUCCCCAUGACAACAUUGGUGGUGAUGCCUCGCUGGCGAUGCGGAGGUAUAGUACCUACGACAAGUACAAUACCUCAGAGAAUACCCAGGUCUCGCCGUACUCGACUCUCUCAAAGCGAACCUCGGUUCUUGGAGAUGCCAUCAUGGCUGCUAUGGGUCGGGCAAAGUCGCCCAGCAUAUCGUCGGCGGGAUCGGCCGAGGCACCCAAGGAACCCCGCAGCCAAGAGCCACGGCAACGACGUCGGAUAUCUGUUUACGACGCACUCUUCACUCCCUACCCCUUCCCCGACGAUGAAGUCGCUAUACAGACGGCGUACCUGGCCAAGUCCUCCAGCGAGCUGGGCGCUCAGUCACUCAAAUCGACCCCCUCGUCUUUGGAUGUCCAGCCGAACGCCACCAGUAAGAUAUCAUCACGCACCCGACGAUCAUCGGGCCUGGCCGAACCGCAUUCUGCGUACACAUCCAGCCAUCUGCCCACAGGGAGCAGCCACCUCGAGCCUGUUCUGAAGACACCGAGUCCAGGUUCAAGCUUGUGCGAUGUUUCCAGAGAACUCACAGUGCCUCCGGCCCCUGCAAUCCCUGCAAUCCCUGCAGUGCCUGUGGUGCCUGUGUUGCUGGAGCCCCCGGACACAAACCUGCUGUCCGUCAGCAUACCUCUGUCCGCCUCGCAUUCGCAAAGUGGGUCAGCAGUGUACUUGAAGCAACCGGCGGUGUUGGGAGGAAGCGCCUCCGUCUCAGCGCCCGCUUCGACUUCACACAUUGCUUCCAGUCCGACAGGCUCUCUCGGGCGGCCUGGGUACAACCCCGAGCCGACGACCCCCAAGAAGAAAAAAUUCUCUGUUCGGCAGCUCCUGUCCAAGCUGGGAGUGCGCUCCAAGAACACAAAGGAGUAGCGCUGUAUCCCCGUUCGAGCUGUGUGUCAAUAUGAAUCUCGAUCCAAGUGCCUUACAGGUCUUGCUCUGGCGGCGACAUUGGAUGCGGCUCCACGAGAGUAACACCGCCGAGUGAAUUGUUGAUCAGAGUGUCGAUGUGGUUUCUGAAUGGGCCAUUCAGCUCUCAGAUCCUCGUAUCGGCCCGGCUCACUGCCUGUUCGGCUCCGUGGGACUCAUCCAGCACUGGUCCUGAGCGUAUCUGCUGGCUGAUUGGCUCUGGAGAAGUUUCCUACCGGAGGCUGAAGAGAUUGACCGACCAGUCACCAUUGUGUAAACCAAGCGACCGACUUGAGACUGUGCUGAUGACGAGCAAUGCUUGGUGGUGAGUACUUUGAUAUAAUAGUCUUCCUGCGACAGCAGCUGAAGCCCAGCGAUCGUCGCCCUUCGAAACAGCUAUACCAUCG